AUGCAAACUACAAAUGGAGAAAAAGGCAAAAAGCUUUCUGUUUUGGAUAACACAAAUAGUCAAAGAGCAACCAUAUCGGAGAAGAUUGCGAGUGGUAAAAGUUUGUCAGGUUUGAGGGACACGAAGACUGUAAUCAGUCCACUCGCAGAACAUUCAAAUACGAAAGCAAGCCGGAGGUUGGGUAAGAGGGAAAGAAAAUCAAAGAAAAAACUGAGCACAGAACCUGACUUAGAACCAGAAAAUGGUCCCUUAUCCAAUGUUGGUAUGCAAAGUGGUCUUAAACGUGGCGAAAAGAAGAAACCACACAAAAGAAAACAAUCAGAAAAUAUCGCACGCCAUAGUGGAAAAUCGGUGACAGAGACGGGACAGCAAACAGGAGGCAAAUGCAGAUGUGACUCAAGGUCAGAUAGCUGUCGAAAUAUUGUGGGUGAAUGCAAGGAUAAAAUAAAAUCAAAGAGCAGUUCUGAAAGAACUAGAAAAUCUAGGCGGCAGAGAAAAAGUCCCGCUUACGAGUGGGUAAAUUGUCCCAAAAUAUUUGACGUUAUCCUCCUUUCCGUUCCUCAACCGGACAAGAAAGAACUCGAUAAAGAAGGAUGUCUUACCAAGUGUGCUGAUCAUUCCAAUAUACGCUUAGAUUCAGAUCGGCAUUUCAGACGUUUUGCAAACAAAUGUUACCACUGCUGCACAUCAGAAGAAGGACUAGCUCUUCUUCGGAGUAGACCGACAAACCCCGAAACAGUUGCCAACGCCAAGGCGGGGCAAGCAACUACACCUACAGGACUCGGAGCCGCUGAGGAAGGAAAACAAGAAUGGACAGACAAUGAGUAUGAUAUCUGUUUGAAACGUUGUGCGGCAUUAUCGAACGAGUGUCAUAGAUACCACGGCGAACAAGCACUUCCACAGGUGUGUCGUGACAAUGCGCUGGGUUGCGAGAAAAGCUGCAACCCUUCGGAGAAUUGA